AUGCUGCCGCAGGCGACGGCGACGACGAGCGCGCUGCUCUGCGGGCUGCUGGCCCUGUGCUGCGGGGUCGGGCUCACCCACGCGAGCAUCGCCGCGGCCUUCGAGUCGACACCAUCGAGCUCCUUCGAUCAUGGAGCUCCACGACUGGAUCUGGAGAGCCUCGAGAGCGGAUAUCACGGCCUGGUCAAGGAGAACGAAACUCUGGUCGAGGUCACGCCGCAGAUCCGCGCCCUAGGCACGAAGGUUUGCUCCUUCCGCAUCGCGAACAAGCACCACGGCGAGGCGCCGUUCGAGAUCGUCCUGAAGGAGAAGGGGAUGGCCGAGCUGCGGGCGUUCCGGGUCCUGAAUUGCGAAAAACGCCGUAACUACAAGUUCGACAUCGCCGCGGUCGGCUGCAACGGAGCGCAAUCGGAAAACGCCACGGUUCAUAUUACUGUGGUCGACGUCAACGAGUACGCGCCGCAGUUCCUCCAGCCGGCCUACGUUAGCACCGUGGACGAGGGUCGCCUCUACGAGGAGGUGGUCCGCGUCGAGGCGUCCGACCGUGACUGCACGCCGAAAUUCGGCGAUGUCUGCAAGUACGAGAUCCUCACCGCCGACCAGCCGUUCAUCAUCGACAACGAGGGCGCCAUCCGCAAUACCGAGCCCCUGGACUACGAACGCUCGCACAACUACAUACUCAGCGUGGUCGCCUACGACUGCGGCAUGAAGCAGUCGGCGCCGGCGAUGGUGACGGUCAAGGUGAAUCGCGUGUGCGCUCCCGGAUGGCGAGGCAUCCCCGAGAGGGUGGAUUACGCCGCCGGCGUCGGUUCGCAGCCUCUGCUGCCCUCGGCGCGGCUUGACCUUUGCGACGCACCUUGCAUCCUGCGCAACGUGCGCGCCACCCUGACUUUAGCCACCGAUCACAUCGGCAAGGGUUGCGAUCGCGACACCUACGGAGUUCGCAGCCAGCGGAAGCUGUGCGGUGCCUCGCGCGACAGCGUGGACCUGCUACCUACACCCGGUCCCACCACCCCUUGGACGGCUACCCUUUCCAGAGACGAGGGUAGAGAGGCUGACGAGAUCUUCGAGUUUGACGGCGUGGACUCGGCCGCGAUCGUGCCGAACGAUGUGCUGGAGCACAGCCUGGCGCAGAAGUUCACCAUCGGCGUCUGGGUCAAGCACCGACCACGCCCGCGACAGGAUCCGCAUGUCAAAGAGCAUAUUUUGUGCGCUGCCGACGAUCACAAGAUGAAUAGGCACCAUUACGCCCUGUUCGUAAGGAACUGCAGAUUGAUUUUGCUGCUGCGACGCGACUUCUCCGAGGGCGAUCCCAACAUCUUCCGUGCCGCCGAAUGGCGUUGGAAACUCGGCCAGGUGUGCGACGAUAAGUGGCAUCAUUAUGCGAUCCAGGUAGACUUCCCGCGUGUCAACCUGUACGUAGACGGCGAGGAGUGGCACGCUGACGAGAAGAACCCCGAAGUUAUCGACGAUUGGCCUUUGCAUCCGGCAAAGGGUGUCAACACCACCCUUGUUGUCGGGGCGUGCUGGCAGGGCUCCGAGAAUAAGACCAAACACCAUUUCCGUGGCUACCUUGCCGGCCUGUCCGUUCUAGUCGGCCGAAACGAGAAACCGGAAGUACUCUCGUGCUUGCGGCGCUGCCAGGAGGGCAUUCAUGUGCCACCGAUGGACUUGUUGCAACCGGGCACUCAGCUGCUGACCAAUUCCGAUAUGACCGAGGUGCGAAUCGACGGCGACAACCGCACGAACGUGGAGACCUUGCUGCGCCGCAUCGGCUACUCCAACACCCGACGCUUCCCAACGCCCGGCCGCCGUAACUUCCGCCUCGACACGACGAUCGUCUGUGAGGGUAGCGAGAACACGCCCCUACCGGUACCGACUGUGCAGUCCUACGUCACCGUGCUACCGCCUCCUCGACCAGGCAUCACCGUUAACGGCACCGGUUACGUGGCCCGAGAAUACGCUGAUUUCCGGCUGGGAGUACGUGUGUUCCCCGACGCGCGCGUCACCGCCGGAUCGGCCGCCCGACUGGACGCCUGCGCCGUCAGUGUUUAUCCGAGUCUCAAUCCCGAUCACGAGAGUCUAGGAUUACCCGGUGACGCCCUGCUCGCAUUCCACGACAUCUCCGCUCGUGUCGAUCGGGACGGCGUCGUUCUCUCCGGCGCAGAUUCACCUUACAAUUAUCAACAACUCAUCCGUCUCAUCAUGUACACGAACCGCAAGCCGGCUUACUAUCUCGAUCGCGUAUUCAAGCUUACCUGUUCCGAGCUGAGCGGUCGCUUCGCCAGCAACGAGUACGUGCAAACGCUAGCUGUGAUUCAUCCCAAGGAGAAGACGACCGUUUUGCCGCACACGACUCCCGGGGAACCGCCUAUCGCCAGAAUCGUCGAACCGGCACCGGGUCACGCACAGCUCUCGCCGCAUCAUGCCGAUCUAACGGACGAAUACGCCACGGCCGCGCUUCGUGAGGGCAGCAGAACCAUCGGCGGCAGUAGCGGCAGCCAUGCCGUGACCAUCGUCGCCGCCGCUUGCAUCGGUUUCCUACUGUUGAUGGCGGUGGUGGGCGCUGCGCGAGUCCGCGGGGCGGCCAAACGACGACGAUCCGCCGGCGACGAGCUCGCCGCCGAGACGGAGAUGGCCUGGGACGACUCGGCUCUCGCCAUCACCGUGAAUCCGAUGGACAGGUUGACGGAACACGAUCAGCAUCACCAGAGCCAGCGGGACGAGGACGUGGACGACUCCGGUAGCUCCGAUUCCGAGGAUGGCUCGUUCCGGGACGAUGACCUUGACAGCUCCGACUGCGAGAACGACUGCGAUCUCAGCAACGGCCGACACCGCCGUCACAAUUCGCCGCACGAUCUGGAGUGGGAUCAUCGUGAUGUUUAAAUCACCCUACUAUCUUUACACUGAGCAUUCACACAUCCCCCCCUCCCUUUCUUCGCGUGACAUUGAGAGGAGUACUGGCCGCGUGCCACUUUCCGUUAAAAAAAAAAAUUCCUCCAUCGUAUAUCGUUUCUUCUCGCCGUGCGCGCCCGCUCGUCGAGCACGUCUCGGAAGUAUCUCGCGACGAAGAUUCCUCGCGUAGCUAUCGGCGGCUACGCGAAUUUAAUCUGCGGGAGAAAGAGUUUCGGAUUAUUGCAUAUGGAUCUCUCGUCGAACGCGACUUGCGUCCGCGAAAGAUCGAUUUCUCGAAGUUCUCUUCUUGCGCAUCAGAUAUCAUGGACGCGUCGUUUAAGGGAUUAGAAUAUUUAUUACGCUUUCGAAUCUCCAGAAUAUAGUGUAAUAAGAUUUAACGUUCUAAGCCGCUCUCCACACACACACACACAUACACCGCUCGAUCGAUUCUCUAAACGAUUAUUAUCCCCCUUUACUGCGCGAGAGCGUUAUCGUAUUAUCCGUCCCUUCCCCGCCUCCCUCCCCCCCGCCCCCUCACUCUCUCUCGUAGAUGACGUCGAUAUAAUCGAUGAGGUAACGAUAUAAAACGGCAUUCAGUUAGUACUCGUCUUAAGCGUCAGGAAAAAACUUGUAAGAGUGCGGGACGCUUUAUCGAAUAUAGUUAAAACUCUUUCUACCUACGAACACACGUCGCUGAUGUUUGGUAGAAUCGGAGAUACACGCAAGAGAUACUUAAAGUCCCGCCGGGAACAUUCCCGACGGGAAUAUUUACGGCAGUUAUUAAUUUAUAUUCUUGACUCAUCAUUGGUAGUAGUAGGACAAGGGAACUCUUUUUUUUUUUUUUAUACUCCUAACUAUCUUUCCUCCUUUUUACUCUACAUACGGUUAUUGCUGUUUUAUCAUUACUAAUCGCUGCGACUAUAUCCAACCACUUUAUCGAAAGUUAUUUUAAUUAUUAUUAUUAUUUCUAUUAUUGUACUUGUAGGCAGGACGGCCCGGUAGCGUAGUUUUAAAAUGCGAAUCAUUGCUGAGCCGGCUCUGUACUCUUCCUCGUCUUCUCGACUAAACUUUCCUAUCUAAGGUCCAUUUGAUCUCAUGAAUGUAAUUCUCUCGCAAUAAUCGUGUCUUUCGUAUUUUGAUCAAAAGCGCGCUCGUGACACGAGCUGACGUUAACUAAUAAACCGGCGGCGAAACGCGCGUGGUAGAUACGAAGAUUUAAAAGCUGAAAGCUAUUCGCUUCGGUGUAGCACGUGAAUCGGGCUGAGCCUGGGCCAUACGAUGCUUGCCCAAUUUUUAACUUUUAUUUUUAAGAUGUUAAUACGCCUUCGAUCGUUUUCUUUUUUUUUUUUUUUGCACGAUGUUCCUUCCUGAUCGGUCUGCACAAGAUGAGUAAGGACAUUGCCAUGCAUCUUACGCUAGUGCUUCAACAUUUAAGAUAAUCGGUAUACAGCAUCAUCAUCCGUAUGUGAUGCGUAAGCGUGUCACAUGUAGAAGCGGCGCGUUUAAAAACGACGAUUUCGCCGGUCGUUGAUCUGCGAAUGCCGUGGAGAACAUGAAAUAUUCAACCAAGGGGACAAUCUGCACGCGAGCAGACGCUUCAUGCGUCAGGUAAUUUCCUCUGGUAUAAAUAUUCAUUUCUAAUUAAUUAAAAUUACUUGACGCGUGAAGGAUCGGCUUAGGAGGUGGGAUUAUACACACCUCUCGUCCGCGGUUGUCUUAGUUUUCCUAUGAGCGUUUGACGAAUUAACGGCAGUUAACCGGUACGCGGUUUAUGUGCGCGCGUCACUCACGUGCUCUACAUAUACAUAUAUCAGCAUCCAUUCAUUAUUCCGUGGCGAGAGUCUCGUCUCGAGUAGUAGACGAUUAUUCUAAAGUAAUGCGCAGCGGCUGGAGGAGCCAUCGAGCGUGCUUCUCCCGUUAAUCUCCCCCGACCCAAGACGUGUCGUAUCGUGCAAUCGCUCUUUUCACAGAGAGAAAACUAAUGCUUUUACGUGCCUUUUAAGCAAGUAUAGUACGUUGAAUUCGUAUAUUGUGUACUUUAACAGCGAAUCUCAAGCUGCAUACUCCUUUUUUUUUAUUUUAUUUUAUUUUAUUUUUUUUUCGUCGCAGGAUCCCGUCGCCGUCGAUUCGGAUUCGCCCUGUAUUGUUAUUAGGAACUUUUCGCGAUUCCAUAGCGCUUCUGAGCGCACGGUAAACUCGCCGCGUCUCGACGCGGUUUUAGCUCUUUUAUUGCUGCCCGAAACGGCGCUAUAGCGAAAAGUUCCGGUUGUAUUUUAGACGUUUACGGCUGUUAGGAAUUAUAAGGAUCGGACGCGCUUGUUCGCCGGGCGACGCGCCGUCGUCCGGCGGGCUGUCACGAGCCUCGACGCACAAUACCUGUCGAUGGUCCCGUGUCGGAAAAUGCGUCACACACGUGCAAUGAUCCCGUCGUAGGGUACAUUAAACUCUCUCUCUCUUUUUCUCUCUCUCUCUCUCUCUCUCUUUCGUCGAAAUGGUGACACGACGGCUGCGCAUCCGUUAUCGCCGCGAAAUAAUGAACGGAUCCUCAUGUAUGUGUGUGUGUCUCUGUGUUGGCAUAAAUCUAUAGAAUUAUACCGAAUCGUUCGAAUGCGGAGGCACCAUCAGUACCGAAGAACUCGCGUACGCGGAUAUAUCUAUAUUCAUAUAGGGAACUAUAAUGAAUUUAUUUUUCCAACGAGCAUAUCAUAUCAUUUUUAUAAGGAAUUCGUCGGAAAAAAAAACGUUUUUUGGGAAGCUUCGCUUCGUCAAACGUGCGAUCGCGAAACGUCGCGACUUCGUAAAGGUUUCUUUCUCGUUUCUCGGGGGAUAGGUUUCUGUUUUUUUCCCCGUCUCUCCGUUCCCGAGGAGGGUCAUCAAUACGCGUCCUCUCUUACGCAUCUCUCCGACUCGCGCGAAUGCAUAUACCUACAUACGAUCGAGAAUUCGGAUUCUAAACGAGAAAGCGGAGUUCGACGUCUACCGGAAAGAAAAAGAAGAAAAAAAAAAGGCAAACAGAGACGUGCAUGAUCAUUUAUCUGUUCCUGAUAACACCACAGAUCGCAUAUUAUACACUUAUAUACGUAAAAUACCGGUGUGUACGCUUGCUUUUGUACUGUCUUUCCUUUCCUAGUGUUUUUCUCCUAACGCGACUUUCAUUACAUUGCAACGGGAAUCUUAUCGUAACGUAAUCUCGUAUUUUAUAAAGAUCGUAUAGCAACACGGUGAGAAAGUAAUCAACAAAAAUCAGCCGAGGCACUCGCGGCGGAGUCUCCCAACCGUGGGAGGCCCUCGCAAGGAUCGAAGUCAAGAAAGGAUCUGGCCUUUAUGAGUGUGUCUAAAUUAGCUUACGUAAAUGUGUACACACGCGUUUGUAUGCUUAAUCCUCGAGCAUAAGUGCACGGUGAAUUAUACAGUUUCGGGAGAUAUAUUUGGGAUUCCUAUUUCGUUUGAUCGUCGUACACGCGACAUCGUAAAUAAAAAAAAAAACGACACGCGCGCUCUUCUAUCAGGUCACAUCACGCGAUGUCGAUGUAACGAAGUUAGAGGAACGCGUGCGAGAAUCAUGCGGUGGGAAAAGGGUAUCUCGCAGAAAGUAAUUUUGCCCGACGACCGUACACACGCAUGGGGCAUCCCCUUAUUUACGCGAAAACAGUUCCUCACGUUAUGGUCUCAUCGCCUCCUCCUUCUAUUCUUAUCGCUUCGAAAGAUUCGCCACGCGGAGCUUCGCUUCCUUUCUGACGAAAAAGAAAAUAUUUGCUUAUAUGUAAAAAAUACCUUUAAUCUCGACACAUAAAUGGGUCGGAAAUCGACAACAAGCAACACGUGGCUUAAGUUACGUAAAGCUCGAGCUGCCUUCUGUGUGUACGUGAUUUAAUGUUACGCAAGGGAAAAUACAUGUAAAGUGAUAAGAUGAUCCACGAUCCGAGCGCGGUGAAAUAAGGGGCGCCCAUGCGCUUUGCGAACAACACUCUUUCGUUAUUCCGAGCGAGAUAUCGGGAGGCCAAAAGUCUCCUUCGACUGAGAAAUCAGAAAAUCAAUGAAACGAGAAACGAUUCGCAACACACGUGAACCUAAUCAGGUGCGCGCAUCCGCUCUAAAGAUGUACUUAAUCAUUUAAUUAAACGGGAAAUGAAGGAACGCAGAGAAACAAAACCAACUAGAUGAUACUAUUAUAUAAUAUAUAUAUAUAUACAUAAAAAAAAUAUAUCUAAGCUGUUUGCAAAUGAUGACGAUGUAAAGGGGUAAAAGAGGGAAGAGUAAAGGAAAAGAGGGAAAAAAAAUAUGAAUUUGUAAUGUACCAUUGUAUUUUGUAGGCAGCUAGAGCGUGUACGUAUACAUAUGCACAGAUACCCCCGUGUAUGUAUGUAUGUAUGUUUACGUAUAUAAAUAUACAUACUCCUCCCCCCUCCCCGUCUUCGUCUCACUUAUAUACACGCAUACACACGUGCCGUUUGCCUGAAACGGCCAGAGGAAAUAUUUUGGAUCUUAAGGGAAGAACGUGAGAGCUCGGAAAAGUCGGAGGCUGUAACACGUCAAAUCUUAUCUUCCGAAUUUCCGAGGGGAGGACUUCCCCUCCCUCGUCCAUCACGACGAGGCGAGGGGCAUUCUCUUCAGCGCAUAUUACACGCCCGUCGCCACCGACGCGUAUCGACUUUUACACACACACAUACAUACAUCCCACAUACACACAUAUAUAUAUAUACACACACCUAUCCCGAUGCGACGACAGUGAAAAACGUGCAUGUAUAAACGCGCGAUCACGCGCGCGUGUAAAUCGAGAAAUUAUAACGCUUCGCGGAGCGAACGCUCGUGCCAUUCAUCCGUUUCCAGCUUGCCGUUUCCUUCCGUAGCGCCGAAUGAGAAAAUAUAAAAGAGACAGACGUUAGUCUUGCGGCGAUCCAAGUCCGCAAGAACUCGGCAAUGCGGCAAAAUUUUUUCCCACGCGAACGUAAUUUGAUCGAACUUUUCGUUCGUGUACUUUGCGCGUAGUUUUCAGUAGAACGAAUCCAAAUCGAGAGUAGGAGGUUCAUUAAUGAGGAUUGCUGUGUAUAUUUCGAGGGAUUCAUUUUUCCGUAUACCAUAUCCCGGGGAAUAUUGAAAUCGAAUAAACUAAAACGUGCAUCCAAGCUAUAAAAAGUAUGUAGAGCGUGUAUAAUGAAUUACAUAUUUCUCGUAAAAUGCGAGCGACGUCACUCCAGGAUCUCGUUGUUAUUUCUCGUUAUAUGCGACACUCUCUUGAAAAAAAAAAAAAAAGAAAAAUACGUGAAGAAGUAGCGCGUAGUAACGAUACGAUCGGAUGUUCACAAUAAAAA